GAAAUCUUGUGGUCACAGUUUUUUGAUGUUUGUUUUUCUACCGACAAGAAGUUACUGCAAGUGCAGAUCCCCCGGGACCCACUGCACAAGAAGUUCAGAGCUUUUAAGUUAGGCUUUACGCAAUACGCAGUGCCAUGAACUUUUGAUUGAGAUUUGCGAUAAGUUCAUCCGAUGCGAUUCCAAUAGGGUGCUGGAGUACUACGGCGCAGAAAUAAUUCAGCGACAGGGCCUAUGGAUGCAACGUCGGCAAUGAAGCUUUCGCACGUUUAUUUCGUGCACGAUGCAAACAGGUUGAAUUUCAAUUUGUGGACAGACACACAUGCAGAGGUCGAGUAGUUGUGUAGCUAUCGUAAGCGUCUCUUCGUGAAAAGCAAUUCGCAGCUACGCAAAAAGCUCGCGUGUGUGCGUGCGCGUAAAAACGCAGCUCCGCGCACGCACGCGCGCGCGCGCGCACGUGUGUGUGCGUGCGCGCGCGCAAAACACACAAAACACCACGCACGCACACACGCUCAACUCACAGCUGUACAUGUCCCCUUUAUGAUGUUGCGCAGUGUUGUGUUUGUGAUCUGUAUUGUCCGCGGAGUGGCAGCGCCCAAAAAGCUUAGGGAGAAUGAAGAUAAAAAAGUAAACAUCAAGUUAAGGAUAAAAAACAUUAACUUUUCGCCGGAUAAAUCCGGCAUUUUUCCGGAUAAAUCUGAUACAUGUCUCGGAUUAAUCUAGAGUUCGGAAGCUAUUUGUUGGGUUUUUCCAUGUUAUGGGGCGGCGUUGCUGGAGCGUCGCGCUAGUGUUUUGGAUUGUUGGUUGAAGUCUGCCGGCCCUCUCCGAGAUGCGAAAAGCGUGAAGACAUGUGCCCAAAAGGAUUUGUUUUCACACGACGCGCCUAGCGUUGUGCGUCAGUGAGAGGUAGGCGGCAGCAAUGUGAAAGGGCCGGCGAGGCAGGCUGGCAUGUGUUUCCGCGGUGUGGCGCGUUCCCUACUCCUCCGGGUGGCGCUACUUGGGAGACCUUGCCGGCCCCGGUGCGCCCACCCGGCCCAAACAUUUCGGCACGGCCCCAACGGAUUGGUGUCCGGCACGGUCUGGCACCUUGGGCACAGACAGGGGCCGGGCGAAUCUUCCCUAGGGGGCGUGCGCGGCAAGAUGUGGCGGAGGAAUGGCGGGGCGGCAAGCUUCAUGCUGUAGCCGGAGGGGAGCGCCGCUACCAUCACUCCCUGCGCUGGCGGAUUGGGUGCCAGGCGGCGCCCCCGGGGCUCCGAAGAUACAUAUUUUGGCUGGUCCUGCCCAGCCCUUUGCGCGGCCGUGGUGAUGCCGCACAACAAUAUUAAUCCGCGGCGGGCCAGCCUGGCAGGCAAGGGCCGGGGGGGCUCCGCGUGUCCGCCCGCCGCAUCGAGGCGCCCCCGCCCACUCGGCCCCCGAGCGGUGGGUGGCAAUAGCAUGGCGGGACGCGAUUAUGGGCGCAAGCUGGCGGGGCACCUACCAGGGCGCAAGCUGGCGGUAGCUAUUACUUGCGUAUCUUGUUGCGCGCAAUGCGGGCGAGCGAUCGGCCCCGGGGCGCGAGGCCGCCACGGGACAACGGGCGGGGCAAGCCCGCCGGGGCCCAAUGCAUUAUAUGAUUGCGUGCGCGCCCUUGCGGUUUCUGGGGGGGGCGCGGCUCGCUUGGCGAGGUCCCUGACCGGAAGGGGUGCCAUCGAUCGCAGGUUGGCGCAAUUGCUUGGGCGCGCGCCCGUUCUUCGUUUAUUUUACCUCGCCGCCCCCUUGUCCUCUGCCUGGCCGCGGUGGAGUCGGACAGGGGUGGGCCCCGUCCGGGCGUGCGUAUGGAGCGGCGCUGGCGGUCCGGGGGGGCGUGCCUCGUUCGCGUCACACACGCCGGUAGGCCGGGCGGGCGACGCUUGUGUCCCGACGUCUUUUCACACCCCGAUGCGCCCUGGGGGGUGCCGGGGCUUCCUCGCGCCCCGCGGCAAGCCUUGGCCGCUCGGCGAAAUGUCCCGCGCAAUCGCCGCGGGCCAGCGGAGACCAACCCUGGGACCGCGGCCCCCCGGAUCGUUCGGCACCGGCUUCCGGGCGGCGAUUGCAGCCUGCCCCGGCUCGAUGAGACGCCUCGCGCCAUCUCUUUGUGGUGGCUGGGCCCGGGAAGUUCGCAAACUGGCGUCUUUCGGAUUAAAUCCGAGAAGUUAAGGUUUCAAAAGCUUAGCUUAAGGCUUUGAAGCCUUAACUUAAGGCUUCAAAGCCUUCGCGUUUGUGAUCUGUAUUAUCCGCGGAUUGGCAGCGCCUAAGGAGGUACAUAGUGCCAAAAAUUAACCCCCCCGGCUGAUGGCUUUAGCGAGCGCGCGCGCUGGCUUUAGCCACAAAAGUGCUGGCUAAAUUUGAUCGAUUUCGGCCUUUGAAGCAUUGAACUCGAUGAAAUUGAGCCAGAGCUCUUUAACAUAGUGAAGUUACUCGCGGGCGCGCCUGGAGGUCUUGUGGAGGGACCAUGUCUGUAGGUGUGAUAGCAGAAGCCACCGCCUGUUGCUCGAUUUCUGGCAACCCACCCGAGGCUCUCUUGUGUUUCUUGUGGCGUUGGAGAGAGGCGGUGGAGGGCGGGGGGCGCCCUCUUGGGGGGAGGGGGGCGUGCGAAAGUGGCGCCGGAUUUCUUGGGCCGCCGGCCUGGGCAUCGAUCGGGACGGCUGGACUGCGCGCUCCCACUCUUGGUUAGGAGAGUCCGCGGGAAGAGCAUGCGCGCAUUGUGUGUUCCUGCUUCCUGGGGCACCGAUUUUGCUUUGGGCGUUGGCCCGGUGCAGCCCGCUGGCCUUGUUCCAAGGCGGAAGGCGGCUGGCCGCCCGGCAGGAAAACGUAAUGCCCGGCAUGCAAGAAAGCGGGCGCGGCGCCGAGGGGACUCGCCGGCCUCCCCCGCAAUGAAUGGGCCAGCCGGGCCUUUCCUUGCUUUGUGCCCGCGCGCGCGGCGCGCCCGCUGCCGCUGAUGAAGGUGGCGCGCCUGCAUCCCCCUUGCCCCUUGGGCGCCUGUUUUUGUGGUCGCAGUUUCUUUUUGCUGUGCCCGCGCUCCGCUUGUUGGAAGGGGGGGCGGCGCCCGCCAGCGGUCGCCCAAAUUAUUUUGUCGGUCUGGGCGGAUUGCGGUUGCUGCCCUGGUGGGGACGCCCGCUCGCCGUCGGCGCCCGGGCGUAGCAAGCUGCCCCAUGGGAGACAGCGACGGGGCCCGCCACCGCCUUUUGCUUUGCUUUUUUACCUUCCAUCCCGCCCCAUCGUUGGUGCUGCGCCGAGCGGCAUGUAGGGUCCCCCGCCGGCGGGCUGACCCCCGCCCGGCCGCGACUUUUGUUUCUUGGCGGGUAGGAGGUUGGAUGGGUGGCCCACCGCAAAUUUUGGGCGCCCGCCGGCCCUUCCCGGGCGGCCGGCCGCUUCAGGGGAAUGCCGUAUCCGCUGGCGGGCCCGAGUCUGUGUUGCCCGUCUCGCCCCGCAGCGCGCCCGUGCGUGGCUGGCCAGCAGGCCGGCCCGCCUUUCUACCUCCCUUAGUUAUGGCGGACCGGCGGGUUGGGCUCGCUUUGGGCGCCAGCUUGAAAUGCCUGGGCAAGCUGGCGUGACUUUGUCACGUUCCGUAUUGUUGCGGCACAGCAGUAGCGUCAGUUUUUAUAUCCGCGUCGGACGUAUCUGUAUCAAUAUCAAGGCGCUUCCGUCAGCACACAGUUGCUGUAGCGGCGGUAUAGUUUCACAUCAACGCUACUCGCUUUUCUUGACCUGUGCGCUGAUUCGUCGCAUUAUGUGCAAAAUUUUCCCAGCACAAAAAAAAGCGCAAAACUAUUUA